AUUAGCUAGUCUCUAAAAUCAGAAGUGGGAUAGGCCUCCAAGCCUAUCCAGCUUCGCUAUCCUACAUUUUAUUCGUUGGGAACAAAAUAACGGUCUGAAAUUUUAAAUUUUUGGUGUUGUUUUAACUGUUCAUCAUGGGAGGCGAUUCGCGUUCUCGAUCACGUGACAGGUCGCGUCAUCACCAUCGGAAGCGACAUAGGACGCGCAAACGUACUCCUCCGCGUUCUGACACUCCUCCGCGAUCACGUACGAACGUUCGUUCUCGGACACAUUCUCGAUCGCAUGCUUCAUCACCGUCUCGUUCUGUACCGCGAUCUAAAUCACCAGUGCAAUCCAGAAUGUCUCCCGAACGUAUACAGAGUGUAGAUAAUUCGUUAAAUGUUACGUUGAAUGCAAUUUUGAAUCGAUUAAAUGUGCUAGAGAAAAAAGAUAGUGCAGAUCGUAGUGCGGGUAUAGUGAAAACAGUUUCAAACAAUGUUGCGAGUAGCAUCGUCGAAUGUGCCGUUCCUGUGCGAUUACCUACAACGAACCCGGAAAUUAAUUGUCAUAAUCCUGUGUUGUUGGUUAAUGAAUCAGAGCAAACAGAUAGUGUAAAUUGUUCCAAUCGCAUACUUAGUACCCCCGCUAGGGAUAGUGAUGUUUUUGCGAAAAGUAGUAACGUUAAUACCGGUGAGGAUAGUACUUCCACUGCUGCGCAAACAUUGAUGGAUGUGUUUAAGUCGUUUUGCCCAUCUCGUAAUCAAAACUACUUUGUUUCCAAUUUCGACCCAACAAUCCAUGAUAUAGAUACGUGGUGCAAUGAGGUAGAUCGUGCUAGGGUUGCGAAUGGUUGGACUGAUGGCGAAUGUUUGUCGCGUGUUGCUGGAUGUCUUAAGGGAGACGCGAGGCUGUGGCUUAACGAAUGGGUUACGAGUGAUAGAACCUGGUCAAACUUUAAAUUAGAAUUUAGGCCAUUAUGUCCACGAAAAUUAGAUUACGCGAAUAUAUUGUUUGACACAAUGUGUGUAACAUCGGAUAAGUUUCCGACAUAUGCCGAGUACGCUCGCCGUACAUUAUUACGUCUUAGGAUAGUCAAGGGCUUAAGUAGUGAACUUAUAACGCAGAUAGUCAUCCGGGGAAUAACGGAACCACAUGUGCGAGCUGCCGUUGCUAAUGCAGAUUUAUCUCCUGAUAACUUAGUGUCGUUUUUGGCCAUCUAUACGAAACCCGUACAACAAAAGCAGGAUACACGUGGUUCCAGCAAUCACUUAGUUAGGAAAAGAGCUUUUAAUCAGCGUAAUGAAUCAAAAUGUUUCCACUGUGGACAGGCGGGUCAUAAGAACUUUCAGUGUCCUAAGAGAAAGAAACUUGAUUCUACCCCCGAUCCAAAGCCAGUUGCUAAACCUCACAGUAGGUUAUGCGAAUUUUGUAAAAAACCCGGUCAUAUGGAGGCAAACUGUUUCGCGAAAGAUAGGGCGCAGUCUCGCAAUGAACGAAACGUUAACCUUUGUUCAGAACGUCUUGAGAGCACACGUAGUAGCGAUAUAACAUCAGCGGUUGUACAAGGGGUUCCUAUAGAUGUGUUGAUAGAUAGUGGGGCCCUUAACGUGUCCUUGAUCUCUGACAGUGUUUUAAAGCAUUUUACUUGUCAGCCAAAGCCAAUUAAAUGCGCUAUAAAAGGGAUUAGUGAUCGGGAAUUAGAAGCAACAUCGUACGUAACCUUAACUAUUGAGUUUAGUGAGAUUUCCGUCGAGGUUGAUUUAGUUGUUGUACCAUCCAAAUGUAUGACUACGCCUAUUAUAAUUGGGACAGAUGUUCUUAAUAGGGACGGGAUUACGUACGUGAGAACAAAAGAUAGACAAGUUUUGACACGAUCUGAACCUAAAGUGCGGGAAGUGUGUGCGGUCGAACAAAUCGAUGGAUUCACAGUUAAUACGCCUCUUCAAGGCGAGCAACUGGAGUCUCUUAUGCAAGUACUUACCAUGUUUUCGGAAUUCCUUAUUACGGGAACAGCCGCUACUACCGUCACUACCGGUAGUAUGGAUAUUCGGUUAAAGGACGAGACUCCUGUUGCAUAUCGACCAUACAGACUUUCACACCAGGAGAAGGUCAAGGUUAGGGAAAUUAUUAAUGAUCUUUUGUCUAAGGGCAUCAUAAGAGAGUCACAAUCGGACUAUUCUAGCCCCAUUCUUUUGGUCAAGAAAAAGGACGGGUCGGAUCGGUUAUGCGUUGAUUUUAGGGCGCUAAAUCGACUAACCAUUAAAGAUCGAUACCCACUUCCGUUGAUAGAUGAUCAUAUCGAUCGGCUAGGAAGUUUCAAGUACUUCUCAAGUUUAGAUAUGGCUACCGGCUUUCAUCAGAUACCGAUAAGUGAGUCGUCAAUAAGUAAAACCGGAUUUGUCACGCCCGAAGGGCAUUAUGAAUAUGUCAAAAUGCCCUUUGGACUCGCCAAUGCUCCUAUAGUUUACCAAAGAAUCAUAAACAACACUCUACGUAGCUUUAUUGAGGCUGGCAACACUCUUAUUUACAUCGAUGACGUGCUUCUGAUGAGCUCUGAAGUAGACGAGGGCAUUGAGUUGUUGCGUAAUGUUCUAAAAACACUUUCGGAGUCGGGAUUCUCGAUAAAUCUUAGCAAAUGUUCGUUCCUUACAACGCAAGUAGAGUAUUUAGGACGCGUAAUUAGUCAGGGUCAGGUACAGCCGAGUCCCCGUAAGGUAGAAGCAUUAGUCAAUUCACCAGUGCCAGGAAAUGUAAAGCAAGUGAGACAAUUCUUAGGCUUAGCUGGAUACUUUAGACGGUACAUCGAAGGGUACUCCACAAAAACGGCAUGUAUAGCGCAUUUGACUAAAAAGAAUGUUAAAUUCUAUUGGGGACCGGAACAGGAGAAGGUUAGGCAGGAGAUAAUUGGGAUACUUACCAGCGCACCGAUCCUUUCCAUAUUCGAUCCCGCGUUACCUACAGAAGUCCAUACAGACGCGAGUAGUGCGGGGUACGGGGCGGUUUUAAUGCAGACCCAUAAGGACGGCAAGAAAAAAGUUGUGGCUUAUUUCAGUAAGGUCACCCAAGGAGCUGAAAGUCGCUACCACUCAUAUGAGCUCGAGACAUUGGCAGUCGUGAAAGCCCUACAACACUUUCGCCAUUAUUUAAUUGGCCUCCAAUUCAAAGUCGUUACCGACUGCAAUGCCUUAAAGUCCACCGAGCGAAAGAAAGAUCUCCUCCCUAGAGUUGCCCGUUGGUGGGUGUACUUGCAAGACUUCACUUUCGAUAUUGAAUAUCGCAAGGGUUCUAUGAUGGCUCAUGCCGACUACCUCAGUCGUAACCCCCCAAUCUAUGUUCACCAAGUAACCAAACCUCGCAAUUGGGCACAAAUAGCGCAAUCUGCCGAUGGUGAAACUCAGGACCUUGUUCAACAGCUCCAAGAGGGCAAGUUAGAUAGCCGACGUUACGUUUAUCAAAAUGACGUUCUCUAUUACAAAUACAGUCCUGUAGGAGAAGAGUCUCGGCUAUUAGCCUAUAUUCCGAAGGGCCAUAGGUUAAGUUUGCUUAGGUUGUUUCACGAUGAGCAUGACCACAUCUGUGCUGAUAAAACAAUAGAUCUUAUAUUGAGACACUUUUGGUUUCCUGCGUUAAUACACUUUGUAAAAAAGUACAUCGCUCACUGCCUCGUUUGCAUCUCUAAUAAACGAGUACCCAGAGCCCCUCACCAACACAUAACCUCCUGGGAAAAGCCCGACGCUCCAUUUCAAACCGUGCACACUGAUGCUUUGGGUCCUUUGCCAGCAUCCAACGGUUACAAAUUCGUCCUGGUCGUGGUGGACGCUUUCACCAAAUACUGCCUCCUACAUCCGAUCUUCAGACAAGACGCGGUAGAACUUAAACGCGUG